AUGCCGACACAGAAAGGCCUCAUCCUCCCUUCCAAGCAGGGUGCCUUCCGCGUAGACACCAUCCCGAUCCCAAAACCCGGAUCUGGCGAGAUUCUCAUCAAGGUCGCUGCUACGGCGCUGAAUCCGGUCGACUGGAAGAUUCAAGCAUACGGCGCUAUCAUCACACAUUACCCCGCGAUCCUUGGUAGUGAUAUCGCCGGCACCGUCGAGGCGCUGGGGCCAGGUGUUACAGGGUUUGCGAGCGGCGAUCGAGUGAUUACGCAGGGAAUGUUGAAUGUCAACGAGCAUGCAAGCUUUCAACAAUAUACACUCGGAUAUGCAGACGUGACUACUCAAAUCCCGGACGACGUAUCCUUCGAAGAAGCGGCGACAAUCCCCCUCGCACUCGCGACAGCGGCGCUAGGGCUGUUCAACAAGCACACUCCAGAAAAGAGUGCUGGACUAGUCCCCCCGUGGACAGAGGACGGACGCGGUCUAUAUGAGGAUGAGCCAUUGAUGGUUUUUGGCGGCUCCAGCUCCGUGGGCCAAUAUGUUAUUCAGCUCGCCGUGCUCGCAGGGUUCUCACCCAUAAUCGCGACGGCCUCACCGCAAAAUGCAGACUACUUACUCGAGCUCGGGGCCACCCAUGUGAUCGACCGCCACCUUUCUGCAGAUGAGACUCUCGAAGAAGUAUCGGCGAUCACCACAGCACCGAUCGAGACUAUUUACGACGCCGUAGCCAUCCCGGAGACGCAGAAUCUAGCAUACGACCUUCUCGCUCCAGGGGGGUGUCUCGUUCUGGUGCUUGGGGACGCUAUUGACAAGAAAAAGAAAAGAUCCGAUAAGCGUGUCGUGCAGGUAAGCGGAAAUACGAACACACCAGAUGCAAAUCGGAGGCUCGGAAGAAGCCUCUAUUCCGAGCUCACUGUGUUGCUGGAAGAUGGCGAUAUCCAGGGAAAUCUCGUCGAAGUAUUGCCAGAUGGUUUGGAGGGCAUCAUUGGAGGCUUGGCGAGACUCAGGCAAGGUGUUAGCAAUGUCAAGCUUGUCGCCCAUCCCCAGGAGACGGAAUGAAUGGGGCGUAUGUGAGUGACAAGCUAACGAAGAUCUGUGGGUGGACAUCGCUGGGCGUCACGACAUUUCUUCUUCAUAUGGUACAUCGGAGAUAGCGUAUUUGGAUAGUUGGGAUUUGCUUGAGAUGCCGUGACAGCUCGUUCUAACCUUCUCCCGCUAUCUUUUUUGGUCCUAGUCUUGGGCUGUUUGCCAUCGUCUUCAUGUAUUAACUUUGACUGUUCGCCGUCGUCUCCUGUCA